AUGUCCGCAAUUACAGCACGCAAACGUCUGACUGUAACUGUGGUUUAUCAGCCUCACUGGGAUGAUUUAAUGGUGGUUGAAGAAAACAAGCAUACCAUCUUGGGCUGCCACGAUACAACAGUGAGAGGUGACAUAUCCAUUAACUGGAUGGUGAAGUCAAUUGGUGCGGAUGAAUGGAAACUGGUUCUGUCAGCCAGUGAAAAGAACACGUUCUCUGGUGGCUCUUCAAAGCUAUCCAUGCGGCUGAUUGACAGUAACUUCGAAGACACAGGUGUUUUCUCGCUGUCUUUUCUGCCCACCAAGGAGGACGGUGGUCUCUACAUGUGCUUAGUAAAGAAAAAUGCGAAGAAAAUCAAAGAGAAAAUCAUUCUCUUGGCCGUUCUUACAGUCUACAUCUACCCCAGUUCACCCGUCCCCCAGCACAGCACCCUGCGUCUGAUUGCCAGAGUUUCUCCUGACAUGGCCGCAACUAAUAUCACCUGGACAGCGCCUGGCGACAUUCCCAUUAGAAGCGAGAAAAUGCCAAACACGGGCACGGUGGCUAAACUGCCACAGGUCAACAACGCAGACGGCGGGAUCUUUGUUUGUACAGUCUACCCCUUGAGUAACAGCGCCAAAGUGUGGACUGCAGAUGUGAAUGUGGCUGUUGCCGCUGACAAAGUGGCCUCAUUCACCAAUAUAACACACAGGCCAAGGAUCUUCACUGCCAUUCAGGCUCAGGCAUCCUUUCUCCUGACCUGUCCCAGUGUCCAGGGGGACUAUGUCUUUCUAUACUGGCUUCCACCAAAUGCCAGUAAUCGCGUCAAAAUGAAGUUAGUGUUCCAGUAUGACCGCUGGAGGGGUUCCACCUUACAGACGGAGCAAAGCAAGAAGUUCCAGCUGGCUGGCCCACCCUACAAUGCAGAGGCUGGGAGCUUCUCCUUCCUACUUAACCCUGAGUUGAAAGAUGGUGGCCUCUACGUCUGUGAAGUGUUUCAGAAUGACAACGCCUUCAGCCAGUGGACAACACUCAGCGUCCUGAAAGUAAAAACCAGCCAUCGUUCCUCUAGCUUGGAGUUGAUGUGUCUGUACUCGGAGCUUUCCCAGGUUCAAAGUGUUGACUGGAAACAUCACAACAAAAGUCGCCGGCUGCAGCUGUCAUCCAGCAGCCCAGGGAGAGUCACCACCACCCUGCCAUUACCCAUCACCCCCGAUGUGGCAGGAAACUACACCUGCACGCUGAAGCUGAAAAAUGGCCAGGUCAUCCGGAUAAAGCAAACUAUCACAGUGCCUACUAAAGAGCGUGUCACCUCUUCCAUGCCCCCUUCUCUCUUUGCGUUAUUACUCCUGGUGCCCCUGGUUGCUGCAGCUGUCGGUGUGUUGCUAUGGAGACAGAAACACAUUUCUGAUCGCGGUAUUGAGCAGUCUCUGUCUGUGCAUUCGGGUGAAGCAGAGAACAUCUAUGAGAAUCCUGAGGAUAUCAGACAGGCUCCUCCCCAGGGUUCAGUCUACAUGGAUUUGAAGCCAAGAGGAGAGGAUGAUGUCUAUAAGGAAUUGGAGCGAUACGAGCAGUGUCAGGGUUGA